AUGGAAGUUGAGGAGGAGGAGGAGAAAAAGGAGAAAGAGGAGAAUAAUGGCACUAUAAAUACAGUGUGUCAGAAUGCCUGGGAGCCCAAGUUCUAUUACAGGGUUGACAAGGAGAUUCAUUAUUUUGUUGGUCAUGAAAUCAGCAUCUGGGAGUCUCUCGAUUCCUUUGGUGCCACCAUAUGGCCAGCGGCACUGGCUUUGUGUGGAUAUUUAGAUGCCAGUCGUAAUGUGGUGAAUCUGCUGGACAAAGCAGUGUUGGAAAUUGGUGCAGGAACUGGACUUGUGUCCAUUGUGGCCAGUCUUUUGGGUGCCUGGGUAACAGCAACUGACAUAAGUGACGUCCUGGGGAAUCUGAGGUGCAAUUUAUCCCGAAAUACAAGGGGGCGCUGCAGGUACACUCCUCAGGUGGCAGAAUUGUUUUGGGGUUAUGAACUAGAGAAAACCUUCCCCCAUUCAGUAUAUCGCUAUGAUUACGUGUUGGCAGCUGAUGUGGUCUACCACCAUGACUUCUUACCUGAACUUCUGAUCACUAUGCAGCAUUUUUGUCAGCCAGGCACAACACUGAUUUGGGCCAACAAAAUCCGCUUUCAGUCUGACUUGGUCUUCACAGAAAACUUCAAGAAAGUGUUUAAUACUACAUUGCUAGCAGAGAUGGGCGAUGUGAAGAUUUACAUGGCCACAGCAAGAGAAUCAAAUGAGGAAACACAACUUGUUGGUGAGACUGUGGAAGAAGGAGAGGAGGAGGAAGAGUCGGAGGAAGAGUCGGUAGAUGAGAAGAAAUUGGAGGGACUAGGCAAAAGUGAAAAAGAGAUCCCCAUCAUGGAGGAUGUGAUUAAAAACCAAGGUAAGACAAUAACAGAGGAGAACGAUAAGAGACGUUGGAGAUGCAAACUGGAGAAGGUGGGAAUGACGCAAGAAAAGGACGAAGACACUGAAAAUGGACAGGAACAUAAAGAGCUUAAGUCAGUCGAAAAUAAACAAGUAGAAGAGGGUCUGGCUGAGCAGAAAGAAUUGGGAUAUCAGGAAGAAGAGAGAAAAGAAGAUGAGAGGCACACCACAACAGAAAUAGCAAUAAAGCAAAUAGAUGAUGAUGGUGAGGCACUUGAAUGUGAAGAUGACACUGAGAACUGCGCCAUAGUGGAAUCGACAACAAUGGAAACAAGAGAUGAAAUAUCUGCUGAACCUGAAUCUAGCAACUCAGAGACACAUGAGCAAGAAGUUUAUCAAACAGUCUGGGUACCACAUCUCUACUCCAUCCCAGGCAGGGAAAUGUACACUUUCGUUGGUGAAAAGAUUACCAUCGAAGAGUCCAUUGACUCUUAUGGCGCCAUGAUAUGGCCAGCGGCACUGGCUCUUUGUCGUUUCCUGGAAACAUCAGAAGGUCAACAGAAGGUCAGUUUACUAGACAAGUCAGUGCUGGAGAUUGGAGCAGGCACCGGCCUACUCUCAAUUGUAGCAACUCUGUUAGGUGCCAGAGUAACUGCCACAGAUCUUCCAGAGAUCCUGAGUAAUCUGAGAUGUAACUUGAACAGAAACACUCGGGGCCGCUGCAGGCAUAUGCCUCAGGUAGCAGAGCUCUCAUGGGGUCAUGAACUUGAGGAAUGGUUUCCCCACUCCACCCAUCACUAUGACUACAUUCUGGCAGCUGAUGUGGUCUACCACCAUGAUUUCCUCUCUGAACUUCUGGUUACUAUGCAACACUUUUGCCAGCCAGGCACUACACUGAUCUGGGCCAACAAAGUUCGCUAUGCAUCUGAUCUGGUUUUCACUGAGAACUUCAAGAAAGCUUUUCACACCACACUGCUGACGGAACUGGAUGAAGUAAAGAUUUACAUGGCCACAGCAAGAACAUUAGAGGAGGAAGCAGACCUGGAAGAAAGGACUAAGGAAGAGGAAGAGGAGGAGGUGGAGGAGGUUGAAAAUGAAGAAGAUAAAAAAGAGUACAAUCUAUUGGGGAAAGUAGACCUUGCAGAAGUGAUGGACAGAAGUGUUCAUACAUCUUUUUUCCUUUCAGCUGAAUCUGAAUCUAGCAACUCAGAGACAUAUGAACAACAAGUUUAUCAGAGAGUCUGGGUACCACAUCUCUACUCCAUCCCAGGCAGGGAAAUGUACACUUUCGUUGGUGAAAAGAUUACCAUCGAAGAGUCCAUUGACUCUUAUGGCGCCAUGAUAUGGCCAGCGGCACUGGCUCUUUGUCGUUUCCUGGAAACAUCAGAGGGUCAACAGAAGGUCAGUUUACUAGACAAGUCAGUGCUGGAGAUUGGAGCAGGCACCGGCCUACUCUCAAUUGUAGCAACUCUGUUAGGUGCCAGAGUAACUGCCACAGAUCUUCCAGAGAUCCUGGGUAAUCUGAGAUGUAACUUGAACAGAAACACUCGGGGCCGCUGCAGGCAUAUGCCUCAGGUAGCAGAGCUCUCAUGGGGUCAUGAACUUGAGGAACGGUUUCCCCACUCCACCCAUCACUAUGACUACAUUCUGGCAGCUGAUGUGGUCUACCACCAUGAUUUCCUCUCUGAACUUCUGGUUACUAUGCAACACUUUUGCCAGCCAGGCACUACACUGAUCUGGGCCAACAAAGUUCGCUAUGCAUCUGAUCUGGUUUUCACUGAGAACUUCAAGAAAGCUUUUCACACCACACUGCUGACAGAACUGGACGAAGUAAAGAUUUACAUGGCCACAGCAAGAGCCUCAAAGGAGGAAACAGACCUUGCCAAAGAGACUGUAGAAGAGCAGGAAGAGAAGGAAGAGGAAGAGGAGGAAAACAAGAAAAAUAAAAAGGACCAUAUGGAAAAUAAAAGUAGUAUCGCUACAGCUAAAGAGUCAAAGGAAGAGACAACGCUUGAAAACGUAUCUUAUGCAGAAGAGAGGGAAAGACUGGAUUGUGGAAAUUCAAGGAUGACUGCACAGAGGCAGAAAAUGGAGGGAGAGAAAAUUACAGAAGAGACAGAAAAUGAUGGGGUUCAAAAUGUUGUUGUGGACAUUACUGAUCGUGAGCCAGUUUCGCAGGAGUACGGGGAGGAAUCUGAAGAAUUUUUAAUGGGAGAAAAGGAGAAACAGAGUAAAGAAAGGGACAACAGAAUGGAGAAGGUGGGUGUAGACAAAAAGAAUCCAGGGAAAUGGGAUGAGAUAAUGCAUGAAGGUGAUGGUUAUCGGAAGGAAGCAACUAACAAAGAGCAGAACUCCUCUGGGUGGCAAUCAAACAAUCAAGUAACACAAGACUUUGACGUGGGGAAAUUCAGCAAACAAUAA